AAAAAUAGUUCUUUAGAAAAUAUUGUUAGUGUUAGACACUUGAAAAAUACUCAAAAAUGGUUAAUCAAAUAACAAUAUAUCUAAUAAGUUCAAUUAUUGUAAUCGCUAGCUGCACGGAAAUCAUAGAUAAAAAUUUAAAUUAUAUACGUAAUUUAAAACAUCAUAAAAUUAUAAUUGAUACGGAUUCUGGUGGGGAUGAUGCAGUAGCAAUAUUGUCGGCAAUUAAAUUUUUGGAAACAGAAAAAAUCGAUUCAAAAAUAAUUGCUAUAACUUGCGUUCGGGGAAAUACUAAAUUAAAACACGUAAAACAGAACGUAUUGAAAACAUUAAAAAUUGCAAAUAAUUUACAGAUACCGGUUUAUAGUGGAGCAGAAACCAGUUUAUUACAUGAUAUUGAGUCUGAAGAAUACUAUGGCGUUGAUGGAUUAGGUGAUUUCAAGUUCUCGAAUCCACCAGAUAUAAAUCUCAUUAAAACAGAACAUGCAGUACUUGCAUUGAUUCGACUCGUGAAGGAAAAUCCGGGCGAAAUCAGUUUAAUGGCGCUUGGUCCGUUAACAAAUAUUGCACUAGCUAUUCGACUGGAUCCAACAUUCAGAAAAAAUUUAAAACAUUUACUUAUAUUGGGAGGAUCAGUAAGUGGUUACGGUAAUACACCACCAAAUAUUGAAUUUAAUUUUUUCUGUGAUCCGGAAUCGGCACAUAUUGUGUUUAAUACAACGGAGGAUGAAAGCAUUUCACCAUUAAUUAUUCUUCCAUGGGAUACAAUUAUGCUUCAUGGUGAUAUUGAAAUGGAAUGGCGAAGAAAUAUGUUAGGAUCAAUAAAUAGUACUGCAAUCGAUUAUUUAAAUAAAGCGGAACGUAUUGCAAAACGACAUUAUGAAUUAAAAUGGCAAUGUUCUGAUGGAUAUUUAUUAUCAACAGCACUAAAUCCAAAAAUUGUCACAGCUGCUGAACGAUAUUAUGCAUCGAUAGUAAUUCAAGGAGAAUUACGUGGUGGUGUAAUAGCUGAUAAAAAUCAUGUAUUACAACGUUAUAAGAAUACAAUUGUUAUUACUCAGGUCGAUAUGGAUGCUUUUAAACAACAUUUAUUAACUUAUUUAUCUAAGUAA